AAGCCACAACAGUGAGAGGCCCGCGUACCGCAAAAUAAAUAAAUAAAUAAAUAAAAAUAGAAGUGACCUCAGUAUAACCUUUGCACAUUUGAUCCAGAAAAGAAACCCACCGUUCCAAUUCCCUGAUGGUGAGAAUGGUUUGUAGGGAAAUAGUUGAGUAGUGCCUCCAAAUUUUCUAAGGAAAUUUUGAGAGCUAAGCCAGGGUCUCCUGACUAGGGGUCCUUGGCAGGAUUCUGAAGUCUUUGAACAAUUUUCAAUAUUUUCAAAAGCCUAGCGAUUACUGCUGUUAUGAGGGUGGGGCUUUGAUUUAAUGAGCUGGCAUGAGGUCGUGGAAUAAAUAAGAGACCUUCAUAGGCAGUGCUGUGCGCUUCCUACUGCAUCAUACAGAAGGGCAUCAAUGUCUGCCACGCCUGCACCCAGCAUCUUAUUACAUCAGACAGGAGACACCCAAUAUUACCACGUCCAAUGGUGCUAGGAAGGAUCUUUCAAACUGAGUAGUGAAGAACUGUCCCAUAUCAACCAUCUGGUUGCCCUGAAAGGAGAGGCUAGAGAAAGGCUUUUUUAGAAAAAAAGAUUUUCAAAAAUAGUGAAUUGGUGUCCUAGCAGUCCCUACUGGUGAUCAAAGAGGUUUCUCUGUGUGUGUGUGUCAUUAUGAACGCAGGCAUUUUAAUUUAUUUAUAUGAUGUAAUCCAUUUCAGUCAUUAUUUAUUUUAAUGCACACAACUCAUAACACUGGGUGCCCCUUUAUGUCUUUCUGUGUUCUUCUGACAUGACCACACUGUUUUUGAAGACUUCUUGAUUUCUCGCAUGACAAGAUAUUUUAACCUCUUCUUGUAUAUUUUCUGCCCCAGAUCUGGAAUCAGCCACUUCUCAAAAGAACUUUGGUCUGAGACCACGAUCUGGUCACGUGAAUUGCAUGUAACUGCAUCAUGUGGAUUACCAUAGUUCAUGAGUAUUUGGGUUGUUUCUAGCUUUUUGCUGUUAUAAAUACUACUCUAGUGGAUAGCCUCAGGCAUACAUCAGCUAGUAUUUUUGCAGCAUAUCUUUGGGGGUACAUUCCUGGAAGAAGAAUUGCUGCAUCAAAGGGAGGUGCAUAUGUCAUUUUGCCAGCCUUUGCCAAAUUCUCCUCCAGGCAUUGGCAUUCACAGCAGCCGUACAUGAGAGUACCGUUUUCCCGAAGUCUUGCGACAGAGCGUGCUGUUUUGGAAUUUUGUCAGUCUCAAAGGUGCGAAAUGGGAUCUGAGCCUGGUUUAAGAAUUUCUAUCACUUCUAUCGUUAUGCUGGACAACGAUUCUUUCUCUUGUGAUGGCAGUAAUUGCACGAGGAUCGAUGUCCAGGGACGUGGUGGUGGGGAUGGCAGUGCUGACGUCCAGCAGUGGCCAGCGGAACUGGGGCCCUCAAUGGAGCAAGGUGGCUGUGUAUUUUCGUGUGUUUCUAGGCUGUGUAGCUUGGACCUCGGUCCUCUAACCCUCCUGUCAAUACCGUGAGCUACUUAGCGUCUUUUUAACACAGCCUUGUUCAUCUUAAGCACCAGGCUGGUUUUUGUGGCUUGCAGCUAAUGGCCCGGAUGUUACUGUGCUGAGAGCUGGCAGGGUCGUAGAGGGCGGACUCUGAGUCCAUUGGCCUCCUUAGUGGCACAGUGGGUAGGAAAUCGGACGGGAAUGUGGCACAUGGGCGAAGAAGGCCUUUAAAAGACCAUCUUUUAAAACAGUCUUUUAAAGGACCGCUGGGACCCAGUUAUGGGCCAUGUGAAAUUUGAUGAAUCACAUUAGCAAUUCUUUUCUGGUCGGAAGAGACACUGGGAGAGGGAAGCAAAGUCAGGAUGGUGUGCAGAGAGAGAGCUACAAGUCUCUCCUCUACAGAAAUCACACAUAUGUACACUGCAUGUAUAUACUACAGGCCAAUGAAAACCUAAUUUUAGCCAAAAGCAAAAAAGUAUGCUAUUAUAUUAGCUCAAGGAAAUCCUGGUUAUCUUGAAUGGCUCAGAAGCCUGGAUUAUUCAUCCAUUCAACCAUCCAUCUAUGCAUUUAUUUAUUUGCUCAAAUCUCAAAUAAUAAUAUUUCUGGAACACUUAUUAUGUGCCAGAUACUGUAUUAAGUGGGGGGGAUAUCAUGUUGAACACGGUGCAGCCCCUGAUUUCAGUCUGUACAGGAAGACAGACAGUAGGCAGUUAAAAUUGAGCAUGCUAUAUGCUAUGGUGGGGAUAAGCCAGGAGGAGCUAUGGGAAUGCAGAAUAAUAAUAAUAGUUCAUGUUUUGGGGGUACUUGCUAUGUGCCAGGCCCUUUACACGUGUGAAUUUAAUUUAUAAAACAACUUUAUGAGGUAGGCACAGUUUUUAACCCUGGGUUUACAGAUGAGGACAUUGAGGUACAGAGAGCUUAAGCCAUUUGCUCAAGGACACACAGCUGGACAAUGGAGGCACCAGAACUUAGCGCUCCGUUUUAAUAAGUGGGAUUGGAUUAUCUCUACCUUUCCUCGCUGUCCCCCGCCCCUCAGGAGACCCUUGACUAGGGUCUGCUCAACCCUCUCUGGUGUGCCCUGCUGGUCGGGGGGAGCCUGACACCUUCCAGGGUGAGCCCAUUACUAGGCAUUAAGGUUGUUUCGGACGGCACACUCUGCUUAUAGAAGUGUAUGCCAUAGAAGAAUAUUUAAUGGAAUGGGAAGAUGGUUGCUAUCUAGUAUCAAAUUAAAAGGUAAGUUAUUAAAAACAGAAUGUACAGUAUGUAGUAUAAGCCUAAUUUAAAAAAAUGUGUUCAUAUAUAUAGAAAGAAUUACUGAUCAUUUUCUCUGGGUGAUGGAAGUUUUGGUGUUUUUAAUUGAAUUAUUUUUGCUUAUCUGAAUUUUCUAAAUAUUCCAUAAUAAACAUGUAAUAUUUUUAUAAAGAGAAAAAAUACCCUGUUUUGAUGGAUUCUACCUUUUACUACAGGUUAUUUCAUUUUGCAUUAAAACAUCAGCCACAAAUGAAACAAGCCAGACACAAAAGGCCAUAUAUUGUUGUACCAUCUUUGAAAACUGCAAGACGUGCCGAAACGGCUCGUGGGGGGGUACUCUGGACGACUUCUACGUGAAGGGCAUCUACUGUGCAGAGUGCCACGCGGGCUGGUACGGAGGAGACUGCAUGCGAUGUGGCCAGGUUCUACGAGUCCCAAAGGGCCAGAUUUUGUUGGAGAGCUACCCCCUGAAUGCUCACUGCGAAUGGACCAUUCACACCAAACCUGGGUUUAUCAUCCAGCUAAGGAUUGUCAUGUUGAGCCUGGAGUUUGACUACAUGUGCCAGUAUGACUAUGUCGAGGUCCGUGACGGGGACAGCAGCGACAGUCAGAUCAUCAGGCGUUUCUGUGGCAACGAGCGGCCAGCUCCCAUCCGAAGCUCGGGUUCCUCGCUCCACGUCCUCUUCCACUCAGAUGGCUCCAAGAACUUUGACGGCUUCCAUGCCGUCUUUGAGGAGAUCACAGCCUGUUCCUCGGCGCCGUGUUUCCAUGACGGCAGUUGCCUUCUUGACAACACCGGAUCUUACAAGUGCGCCUGCCUGGCAGGCUACACCGGGCAGCGCUGUGAAAAUCUCCUUGAAGAAAGAAACUGCUCAGACCCUGGGGGCCCAGUCAAUGGGUACAAGAAAAUUACAGGAGGCCCUGAGCUUAUCAAUGGGCGCUAUGCAAAAAUUGGCACCGUCUUGACCUUCUUUUGUAACAACUCCUAUGUUCUUAGCGGCAAUGAGAUGAGAACUUGCCAGCAGAAUGGAGAGUGGUCGGGGAAACAACCCAUCUGCAUAAAAGCCUGUCGAGAACCAAAGAUCUCAGACCUGGUGAGACGGAGAGUUCUUCCAAUGCAGGUUCAGUCAAGGGAGACGCCAUUACACCAGCUAUACUCAUCAGCCUUCAGCAAGCAGAAGCUGCAGGACUCCUCUACCAAGAAGCCAGCCCUUCCCUUUGGAGACCUGCCCCCUGGGUACCAAUACCUGCACACCCAGAUCCAGUAUGAGUGCAUCUCACCCUUCUACCGCCGCCUGGGCAGCAGCCGGAGGACAUGUCUGAGGACUGGGAAGUGGAGUGGGCGUGCCCCGUCCUGCAUCCCUAUCUGUGGGAAAACUGAGAACGUCACUGCUCCGAAGACCCAGAGGACACGCUGGCCGUGGCAGGCUGCCAUCUACAGAAGGGCCGGUGGGGUGCACGGGAGCAGCCCGCACAAGGACACGUGGUUCCUCGUCUGCAGCGGUGCCCUGGUCAAUGAGCGCACCGUGGUGGUGGCUGCCCACUGCGUCACCGACCUGGGGAGGGUCACCGUGAUCAAGACAGCAGACCUCAAAGUCGUCCUGGGGAAAUUCUACAGGGAUGAUGACCAGGAAGAGAAAAGCAUCCAGAGCUUGCGGAUUUCUGCAAUCAUCCUGCAUCCCAACUACGACCCCAUCCUGCUGGAUGUGGACAUUGCCGUCCUGAAGCUCCUGGACAAGGCUCGCAUCAGCACCCGUGUCCAGCCCAUCUGCCUGGCGGCCCCUCGGGACCUCAGCACCUCCCUCCAGGAGUCCCGCAUCACCGUGGCGGGCUGGAAUGUCCUGGCAGAUGCGAGGAGCCCCGGCUUCAAGAAUGACACGCUGCGCUCGGGGGUAGUCAGUGUGGCGGACUCGCUGCUGUGUGAGGAGCAGCACGAAGAGCACGGCAUCCCGGUGAGCAUCACAGACAACAUGUUCUGUGCCGGCUGGGACCGCGCUGCGCCUUCUGACAUCUGCACAGCAGAGACGGGCGGCAUUGCAGCCGCGUUCUUCCCGGGGCGGGCGUCCCCUGAGCCCCGCUGGCAUCUGGUGGGGCUGGUCAGCUGGAGCUAUGACAAGACAUGCAGCCACAGCCUCUACACAGCCUUCACCAAAGUGCUGCCCUUUAAAGACUGGAUCGAGAGAAACAUGAAAUGAGCCUCAGGCCCGUCGAGAAGCACUUCCGUGCAUCCUUCCGUAUGUGUGUUGCCCAAGGCAUCGUGGACCUGAAAUGUGAAUCUGCCCAUGAAUUUGGCUGUGCCAGGGCUUCUGAUGUCAAAACCAGUGGAGGGCGAGUUGAGCUUACUUUCUGGUAGGCCACUGCCUCCCUGACUGCUGGGACCAUUUGGAAGAUACCAGGGCUGCUUGCAAGAACUCAGUUUCUUCAAAAUAGACUACAUGAAUAGCAAAGCAAUCCUCCCCAUUCAACUGGCCCCAGUGGCCUUCCCCACCUGCCCUUCAGUGGUGCGAAUGCCAUGGUCAGCUGUGGUCGAGAGAGGUCUCCUCCAAGGCUCCAGCCAGACAGAGUUCCAGAGAGCCGCCUGCAGGACAGUCCCGGACAGCGGAGCCUGGCUGCGGCACUGGUGUCCGUGCACACUGCCACGUCACGGGGUGGUCCUUUUCCUUCCCAAUCCCCUGUACACACUUUAAUAAAACAAGGGUUGGCUUCUGACCCACGGAACGAA